AUGAUGCUCAGGCCCCGCGUGCACCCUGGAACGGUGCAGCGCCUGGCAAGGGUACGUACACUGCGCUGCUCAUUCCAGCUAUACACGACCGACGCACCUAUCCCUGCCAAAAAAGGUGGUUUUGUCUCGGGUGUUAUCAAGUACACCGUGCUCGGCGCGCUCGUCGUUUACGGCGGCGGCGUCCUUGGCGCGCGAUAUAACACCGAUUUCCGCAUCGCAUUCGAGGAGCAUGUUCCCGGCGGCAAGAUGCUGCUGGAUUUCAUCGAGCAUCCCGACCUGCGCAAAGAUCUGCAGAAACUAGACAUGGACGAAGCCGUGGCCAAGGCUGCCAACCAGGUGCGCGCCCGCUUUAGCGAUCUCAGCAGCAAGGUUAUGCAAAACUCGCAUGUGCGGCAGUCGCGUGCCGACAUCGAGAAGAGUGCCGCGGAGCUGCACAGCAAGGUGAUGACCCAAUUGGAGGAUCUCAAGAAGGAUGCCAAGCUCGAGGGCCAGGACAAGAUGAAGGAGCUCGCCAACAUCGACUGGCAGCAGCGGGCAUCGGAUCUUGCAGAAAAAUCGAUUGACCAGGUGCGUGAGCAAGCCGUGGCCGCUGCGGCCAAGGUCGGCGAAGCGCUCCCGAAGAAUGUGCGCGACGCUUUACCGCUGCCCGCUCCUGCAUCGCAGGAGCCCGUGUACGAAGCGAUGCUGCCUGUAGGAUUUGAAGCGCCCGUGGGAUACAAGCCGCCGACCAGGGAGCGCAAGCUGGUCGCACCCGAUCCCAACAACGACGACGCGCGUCUGCGUGCCGAUCCCACCGCGCCGAAACUGCCGCAGCUCGUGCCGGCGCUCUCGAAACUGAGCGUGUCGGAGCCCGUGGUGAAGCAGCUCGCCGGCACGAUCGAUGAGCUUGCCGUGUUUUUGCGCGAUACGCCCAACGCCGGCGCGAAUGCCAAGACCGUGCUGGAAUCGGCCAAGAUCGAUCUCGAGCAGCUGCUCAGCCGCAUGGACCAAAUCAAGCGUACGGACGCCAAGAAGCUCGAUCUGAAGCUGGAAAAGCAGGCAAAGGAGUUUGAGGCCGUCAUUGCCAAGCACGCGGAAAAGGCUGCCGGCGAACUCGGCAAGCGCGACAAGGACUGGCAGACGAAGCUGGACAAGGUGCAGGACGAGGAGACGGCCUUGUUCAAGGGUCGCCUUGCCAAAGAGCUCGAGGCGCAGUCUGCCAUCAUUAACGAGCGUCUGCGCCAGGAAGUCAUGGCGCAAGGCGUCGAGCUGCAGCGCAAAUGGGCGAAGCAGAUCCACGCCAAAGUCGAGGAAGAGCGUGCCGGGCGCUUGGCGCAUCUCGAUGCGCUUGCGUCGGAGCUGGAUUCCAUCGAGAGCUUGUCCGAGGCGAACGCGAAAUCGCUCGAGGAGACGAUCCACCUCAACACGGCAACUGCCAGCCUGCGUGCCUUGCGCGCUGCGAUUGAUGGCGAUGCGCCGAGCGCCGAGCCCAACGCAUAUGUGCGCCACACGUUCUCCAAGCAGCUCGACCGCCUGCGGCGCACCGAGCUGGCCAAGAAGGACGCGCUUGUCGGCGCCGCAGUCACCGCUGUCGACGCGACGAAUGCGGCAAACGACGGCGUGGAGAGUCCUGCUACGCUGCACGAGUGGUUCGUCCUUGGGCUUGCGCCGAGCCUGCGCAAGGUUGCGCUCCUUCCCGAGCAAGGGGCUGGUAUUGUGGCGUACCUUGUAAGCAGCACACUCAGUCCGCUGCUCUUUGCACGCAAGGGCCUCGUGCCGGGAGACGAUGUCGCGAGCACUGUUGCACGUGCGGAAUGGUACUUGGACCACAACGAUCUCGAUAGCGCCACGCGCGAGCUCAACCAGCUCCGCGGCUGGAGCAAAGUGCUGGCGGGCGACUGGCUGGGCGCGGCACGCAAACGUCUUGAGGUGGACCAGGCGAUGGACUUAAUCGACAUGCAGACUGCGUUUGCUACGUUGCUGAAAACAUAG